UACCGUAAAACUUAAAUUAAAAGCUUAGUCCCAGCACCCAGUCCUUUUCACUAGCCCAGUGUGACUACACAUUUUGACAAAAGCCUGUCUCAAUUAGAGGCCUGGUCUGGUUGCCAAGCAUUUCAUUUUUUUAAUAUAUGCUCUUUGGAUGUAUACAACUGGGUUGUUGGCUACCUCAAAUUAUGUGUCCAUUCCUCAGUUACCCUGUAAGUUAUUCAUAUUCCUUUAGGCUGGAUUGCACCAACAAGGUUUAAUUUAAUCUAAGAUUAGCUCUAAUCAAAGAUUAGUAAAACUAGGUUUAAAAUGAGUUAAUCCAGGUUUAAAAUUAAGCAGAGCUCUGUUGCACCAUUUAAAAUUAAUCUCAGUUUAGUAAAACUCAGUUUAACUGAAUUUAAACUUAGUUUAAACUGAUUUAAAUCAAUAGGGAUAAUUGUGGAUAUCGAAAUUAAAAUUAAUAAUUAAAUAUGCAAUUAAAUAUAUAGGCUACAUCGGAAGCGUGCUGUCAGGACCCCGGAUUUAUAUAAAAAAAAAAAGAGGGAGACUGUUUCAACGGGUGCUUUUCCGAUUAAACGUUACAUUGUUGCUAGCUAGCAAAAACGUUAGCCUAACGUCACUUGUGACAGAUCGGCUACGUUACUAUGGCUCGGCAGAGAAGCUCAAACGUAUCCUCCUUUAAAAGAAACUUGCUGACCGAAUUAAUGGAGCAAUAUGGGCAAAUAAUAGAAGACAAGAAAACGGACAACAGCACGGUGAAAAAGAAAGAUACUGCUUGGCAGCAACUGGCUGACCGUUUUAAUGGAUCGACCGGAGUGAAAGAGAAAAGAGACGUCGCUCAGCUUAAAGCUUGCUGGAAAAACUUAAAAACAAAAGCAAAAAAAGAUGCGGCGACUGUGAGACGAGAGAUGUUCAUCACAGGAGGAGGUCCUCCGCCAAAGAAAGAUGAUUCACUGGCGGAGAAAAUCAAUUCCCUCAUCCCGCAGCAGAUGGAGCCAUUACAAAAUCCGUAUGACGACGACGGCAUUUUGGACCAGCUCACUUCAGACUCACCCGGGGAAGAUGAGAUCGUUUUAACACUGCAGCCAGUGCAACAAGAGGAGCAUCUGCAAGACAGUGCUGCUUCCUCUUCUUUAUUGUCAUCAUCCUCCUCAUCUGAUUUGAACAGCUGCAGGAGAAACAAGCGACCCUACGUGACACACCAGGAAAUUUUGGUAUUAGAGAAAGAGAAGAUUGAAAUGGAAAUCUAAAAUGCCAUAUUACAGAAAGAAGUAUUAAAGCUGCAGAAGGAAGUGUUGCUGCUGGAAAAAAAAGAUGAUGCUUUGAUGGUUUCACCCUUGAUGCCACUUUUUUAUCAUAAAAUGAGAAUAUUCUACAGUGAUUUAACAUGUAGCCUACCUCUAUUGUAAAAUGAAUGGGAAUUAAAAAAUGUAUAGCUAUCUGCACUGAAAUAUUUACAAAUAAAAUAAUUUAAAAAUAAAAUUUCUUCAAAUUUCUAUUUUUACUUUUCUUCAAUGUGUAUCUUCUCUGUGCUUCACAGUUUGAAAAAGACACUUGUUGACAGGUCAAGCUACUAUUAGUUUAUUGAUAUUGCUUAAAGCAGUAUUCAACCAGACAUAGUUGGCAGUAAUUGAAUUAUUAUGUGGAAAUAGACUUUUCACCACAAUGUCAGCAAUUAUUUACAAAAACAUUUAUUAAUAUAAUUAUUCAGAAAAGUGGUUCUGUAUUAGAGUUUGCCUCACAGCAUUCCCACUUGGAUUGGCAUUGUGCUCCUGGUCAUCCUCUCUGUCCUCUCUGUCAUCAUGUAGGUCCUCAUCAGCUUCAAAGUGUUGCUCAUCUCCACGCCUCUUUCCAAAGUUGUAGAGAACUGCAACUGCGACAAUGACGGUCAAGGUGGUGUCCAGUUUUGUGCGCAGUCCAU